UCCCAGUAACCUUUUACCAGGUCCCCAGCUGUCUGUCAAAGCCUCGCCAUGAGGCAGGAAGCAUUUCGAAUCAUUUUCAGUACAAACUUUGUGUCGAGCACACCUAGAACCCACUCCAAUCAAAUAAACGCUGCCUAUCACGCUCUACAAGAUGAACUAUCUGCUGAUCCUUGGCUGUGCCAUCUUGAUGAUGCGGCCGAUGUACGGUGACUGCCUGCGCAUGAAGCGUUCUCGAGGCGAUACUGCAAGUGAUUAUAAUGAAACCACUGCAACGGACAAUGGUGCUUCACUGAGCGGAAAGGCUACCGUGCUGACCAAUGGCAGCAUUACCACGGCUAACAUGUUUGCAGCCACAUCUCCGAAGCAGAAGAAUUCCACUGAACCUGUGCGCACUACGAGAGUUCGUGGGAAAACCAGCACCAGCUCCACAACCACCACCGCAUUAUCAUCCUCACUUGCAGCUGUGGCAUCCACAUCCUCGCCUCCGGAUGCCGGAAAAUUCCAGCUGGUCGAGGAUCUAAUGGGACUGCGCCGUCCCAAGAGGCGUUUGGGUAGCCUGAUGGACGAUAGUCUGCAGCCACGACAAUUGCGCCACAAGCGUCGCCAGGCGGGAGAAGCUGCUGUGGUGGCCACCUCACUGCCGCCCAACUUGAAUCCGAAUCCUAAUCCCAAUCCCAAUCCCAAUCCCAAUCCCUAUGUGUACUACAACAAGAUGAUUUCGCCCGAUGGCAAGCACGAGGUAAAGGAGUUUGAGCUGCUAUCGCCCAACAUGAUGAUUGAGAGUGUGCAGCAGGAGCUGAACUACGGCCCCGAAGUUCUGCCACCGGAAUUGGCCGAAGUGCUGCUGCUGAAUGCAGCCGAGAACACUCCACGCGGACUCCAUAAUGCAGCGCCACUGAAGCACCAUCGCAAGCACAAAUCCUCGCCGGCUUUGCCACCGAUGCUCUAUAUGCUGCAACAGCUGUUGCAGCCAUCCUUUGAGGCGAAUCUGUUAGUGGAACCACCAAAGGAGCCGCAGCGUCGCGUUAGUUCGCCCCUCUAUCAAUUCCUUGAUGGCGCCAUGGAUCUGGCUUUGCGCAACAGUCCCGAUGUCAUCGAUCACCUGCUGGGAGAUCAUCUGGAGAUGGAGAGAAUGAAGGGUCUCAAGGAUAAGGCACUAGCGAAAAAGGCCAAGAAGGAGGCACAGAAGUUGGAACCCAAGGAGGAGCUCAUCGUCAGCUGUCCCAUCCACCACGAGCACCAUGCCAAUCGGAAUGGCGACGUGGUCGAGGAUGAUGUCGUUCUGGUUAACGAGUGCCAUCUGGUCUAAAUUUUUUAAAAAACAAAAAAAAGGCAGCUAUGACAAUAUUUCUUAAAAAUUUUAGGUUUUGUUUUUCAGUAUUGGUUUUUUUUUGUUGGUGCAACGAAGAUGUCUACACUGUUUAUAUUUGUUUAUAUUUAUACACAAAAACGGGCAAUAAAAACUAAAUACACAUCA